UUCGCGCGCAAUUCUCGUCAGUGCACUUCGCACGUCCACAAUAUUCGCGUCGGCAUACGGCUCCUCUAAUUCUCUAAUCUCUAAUUAUUUAAUUACAUAGCACUCAACGAGAUUAAAUUUUCUCGAGUGAAGAAUGACAAUUUUACCAACUCUGUUUCCGCUCUGCGCGCGAGUAACAAUUUUUCCGCUGGAAUUUCCGCCGGGCGAGCCCAACUUAACCUAACGUGAAUGUUUUGAUGAAAGGAUUGACCAUCGAUAAGUGAUAAUUAUGUCAAGAAAGCACCGUACGAGUACUCGACAGAACAGAAAAGUUCUCGCAUUUGCUGAGAAUUUAUUAAAGGAAUUCGGCAUGCAGAAAGUGUGCAGACUGUGUCUUCAGACAGUACGACGUACCGUGACACCGUUGUUUCGCGACGAUGUCAACGACGAUGAAUGCCGGCAGUUGAGGCUGCAGAUCGCAGACUUGUGUUCUAUCGUCAUAUUGCAAGAUGACAGCCUACCCAAGUUCAUAUGUUGCGAGUGUAAGGUAAAACUGCAGGAUGCUCACGAGUUCGUGAAUUUAUGCAAAAGGUCCAACGACAAGCUGCACGAACACUACGAAGGGGAUGAACAUCAGACCAAGGAUGCAACCUCGCUAAAAGGAAAGAAACAAAAAGUGGGAAGAAAAAGAAAACGCAAAGGUGCCGCCAGGUCUUCAAAAUCUGCGAGAGGAUCUCUAGGGACGUGUCCAGAAAUCUCUGUCAGUUUGGAGGACUGUAAUCCCACGUUACUUCAGAAUGCGCUUAACACGGAAGCAGCGAAAGCAGAAUCCGACGAUGCGGAUGAGUGUGAUCUUAAUUUUAAAAGCCACGAGACACCCUUGAAGAAACGAGCACAGCUCAAUGCCGGCGAUUGCUGUGACGAGCCAUCGGACAACGGCAAGAAGCAGUAUCUCUGCGACGUCUGCAGCAAGACCUUCGCUUCCAUGUCCGGAUUACGGUUUCACCUGAAGUCGCAUUACGGCUCCAAGCCGUACAUCUGUCAGUUCUGUGAUAAGAGCUUCGUUAUCCCGAGUUACAAGAAGAGGCACGAGAGAACCCACAUGGGCGACAAGCUCUUCAUCUGCCACAUCUGCAGCACCGCUUUCGCGUCUUCGAACGGGUUGAAGUAUCACUUGAGGACCCAUACCGGUGAAGCGAACUAUCAUUGCAGCACGUGCGGCAAAUCGUUCGCCCGAUAUAAGUAUCUGAAGGAACACACCUUCACGCAUACCGGCGAGAAGCCAUUCGUUUGCAAACUCUGCGGUUCCGCUUACGGCAAUUCCGGUAGUCUGUUCGUGCACGAAAAGAAAUGCAAGCUGCGACACGCGUGUGAUUCUCAAAAGGACGCCUCGAAAGCGAGCGCUGUAAUGAUAAUGGUCUGACCUGUGUGGUAAAGUAUUCAUUUAGUAUUUAAAUAAAUUAUUGAUAUUUUGAAACAGUCAUUAUGGUUGAGAAAAGUAUUCUCUGUAAAAGAACGGAUGUAAUCAAUAUUAAAGCAAUUAAUCGA